AUGGUUGUUAAUCACGAUGAUCUUUUCAGACGUUCUACACAAUAUAGGUUUUGGUCCUUUACUCGCCCGCAACUAGCAGAGUUGCGUAUUGUUGCCAACAAAAAGGGAAUACAAAAGACCGAAGAGAGGAUCAAAGAAUUGGACGAUUCUCUACCGGAAACAAAGUUAGUUAGGGAGAAUCAGGACCAGUUCCAGUUUGUCCAUCCUGAUGAAGAAAAGAAACUCAUUAGUUACUACGCACGUCGAUGUAAAGAGCUUGCUGCAUUUUUUCACUUGUCCGCUCAGGUCAGGUCGACCGCCAUCAUGUAUCUAUACAAAUUCUACCUAUAUCAUUCUGUGAUGGAAUAUCAUCCAGGAAACAUCAUGCUUACCUGUCUGUUCUUAUCUGCAAAGGUGGAGAACCAUUUUAUAGGGAUCAACACCUUUUGCAAGAACAUCCCCAAGACAACCCCGGAAGCCGUACUGAAGAACGAGUAUCUUAUUUUGGAAACCAUGAAAUUCUCUCUCCAAUGCCACCACCCGUUCCAGCCAUUGUAUGGUUUCUUUCUCGACAUACAACAGACACUUCCAAAACUGGACUUUAACAGGCUUGGCAAGAACUAUGACGGAGCUAGAGAAUUGGUCAACGAGAGCUUAUUUACUGAUCUGCCAUUCUUGUACACCCCGCCCCAGAUAGCUUUGGCCUGCUUGUGGCUAUGUGAUGAUGUUUUGGUGGAGAAGUAUCUAUCGAAGAAGUUUGGAUUGGCGAAGAAAAACGAACAGGAAGACGAGGAUGCGUUACAGUACUACAACAAAUUAAUGGUCAUAAUACGACAUUGUGCAGAUGUCGUGCGAAAAGAAGCUCUGGACCCGUCCCAAGAGGAAAGCAAGACAAUCUCGGCCAAGAUCAAAUUGUGCUUAGAACCAAUAAGGUUCGGAAGAAAAAUUAUGAAACAAAAUGGGGAACAAGCUGCUAAACGAUCUGCCAGCAUUACUGAGGGAAAUGAUCAAAAAAGAGUCAAGUUGGAAACCGAAUAAAAUUAAAAUGAAUCUAUAUCUCGUCCGAUAAGCUGAGGCUUGCAAUAAUCUUCUGGUUCACAAUUCCCAAUUCCAAACAUUCUUUCGUGUCCUCGUCCAGUUUCACUAUGCUUUGGACAAGGUGAGUCGCAGCCCCUCUGGUCACGUCAAGCACCGUAUCGCCCAUUUUAAUUGUCACUUUUCCUGAUUCAUGCACGCGAAGUGUACCAAUCACAUCCGAUGUUGUAUCUUUGUCUCGUGAAAGGUCGUCGUCGAUUUCCAUUUUUACUUCGUGAGAAGCGCUCUCCACUUUCAAUUGUUUCGGAAGUUGCAAAAAUAGCAUCUCAUCUGCAUUUUCCUCAAGUUGUAUCUCAUCCAAUUUGGCGAUGAUCGCUCUAUAGUCAUCCGCUAAUCUUAUAGCCUCCUGUUUGCCUUGAUAGUCAGUAAUAGAAACGUCCGCAUUUGCUUGCUCGUCAGGAAUGAACUUGACCGUAGCAUCUUCCUCAUGCUUAAUCUCCACGCUCUGUUCUCUGGACGUCGGCUCUGAGUCCAGAGGUGCAGAAACCUCACGAUGAAUCUCUGUCUUGAUUGUACUAUCUGGGAUAGGCUCUUCUCCGUACUCGUAGUGCUGAUGUCUUUCUGCUCUCACAGGAAAACAUUGUGUAUCAACAUCCUUCCAAUCGUACGCCUGGCCUAGAUCGAGUCGUGCAGUCAUGUCAUCGUCGCCCUCAUCAUCUGAUUCUGUGUUUCCUUUUGCCUUUUUGGCAGUCUGUGCUUUAAUACUUUGUGCUAGAUCAUAAGUGUCAGCAGGUUUCUUGACCAUUUUCGUUCCCUUGCUUUGCCCCGAAUUGGCUAGCGAAACGGUUCCCAUGGCGAGAGGGCCUGCCAUCACAACUUUUGUGUUUUGAAGAUGCC